ACUCGAAUUAAAUUUCCCGAAUUGAAAAAAAUUCUCAGAUCACCUUUGAAAGAUCACACUAGUGUUUUGGACUCGAGCUUCGUCUUCUUCAACAAUGCCUCUAUCUCUCCGAAUCAAUCCAUCUCCAACGGCUUUCCGUUUCUCACCGACUUCAUCUACCGGCGGCGGAUUUAUCCCCGUGAAGCAGCACUGUCGGAUCCUGAGUUCCGGCGCCGUCGCGACGAGAAUCGGGUUCUGUUCUGGUGGUGUUUUAGAUUCCGGGAAGAGGUGCGGUUCUUAUGUGGCGAGGUGUAGCUUAGAAACAGUGAAUGUCAGUGUUGGUCAGGUUACGGAGGUUGAUAAGGAUACGUUCUGGCCAAUUGUUAAAGCUGCUGGUGAUAAGAUUGUUGUUCUCGAUAUGUACACUCAGUGGUGUGGUCCUUGCAAAGUGAUUGCUCCCAAAUACAAAGAGCUAUCUGAGAAAUACCAGGAUAUGGUGUUUCUUAAGCUUGACUGCAACCAAGACAACAAGCCAUUGGCAAAGGAGCUAGGAAUUAGAGUGGUUCCGACCUUUAAGAUCUUGAAAGACAACAAAGUAGUAAAGGAAGUGACAGGGGCUAAAUAUGAUGACUUACUUGCAGCCAUUGAUGCAGCAAGGUCAGGCUGAGUCUCUCUCAAUCAGUCAUGCUGUAAAGUAUUAGAAUCAUCCUCCAUCUUAUAUGUAAUUGGUUUGGUUAUCUAUGUAUCUAACUAUCUCUUGUUUCCUUCAAUCAGAAUCUGUUUUUAAAAAUGUAUGUAUAAUAAAUAUGCUGCGAUGAUGGUUGAAUGUGGUGGUGGUUAUGCAUCAUAAAGUUCAUAACCAAAUGUUUUUGGGCUGGCUA